UUUUCUACUCCCUAUAUCCUUUGGCUCCCUCUAUGGUUUCUACCAUUUCUUCUUUGUCCUAAACCUUCUUCACUCCUCACUAUAUCCAAUUAACCACUAAUCAUGACAAUGUCUUCCACAUUUCUGCUUCUCUUUCUCCUCCUCCUCCCCUGCUCGCCGUCUCAGGCCAAUCUCCGGCCUAAUUCCGGCGAGCGGCUGCCGCGGCAGCUCUCCGUUAACUACUACGCCAAAACCUGCCCGCAGGUUGACCGCCUCGUGGCCUCCGUCACCUCCCAGCAGUUCCAAGACUCCCCCGCCGUGGGCCCCGCCACCAUUCGUCUCUUCUUCCAUGAUUGCUUUGUCGGAGGUUGUGAUGGGUCGAUACUGGUAUCAACGAGGCCGGGGAGUAAGCAAUUAGCAGAGAAAGAUGCAGAGGAUAACAAGGACUUACCAAUGGCGGCUUUUGAGGGCAUAAAGAAGGCUAAAACAGUGGUGGAGAGCAAGUGUCCUGGUGUUGUUUCAUGUGCUGACAUUCUUGCAAUUGCAGCCAGAGAUUUUGUUCACCUUACAGGAGGGCCGUUUUACCAAGUGAAGAAAGGGAGGUGGGACGGGAAGAUAUCGAUGGCGUCAAAGGUGCGCUCCAAUCUGCCUAGAGCCAAUUCAACAGUGGAUGAGCUUCUGAAGCUCUUCACCUCCAAGGGGCUAACAAUGGAGGAUCUUGUUGUGUUAUCAGGGGCGCAUUCGAUUGGCUUUGCACACUGCAAGCAGUUUGUGAGCAGGCUGUACAACCACAAGGGCACCAAUCAGCCAGACCCCUCCAUUGAUCCCAGGCUUCUGAAGGCUCUGAAGAUGACGUGCCCGAGAUUUGGUGGGAAUGCUGAUGUUGUGACCCCGUUUGAUGUCACAACGCCUUUCUCGUUCGACAAUGCUUACUACUCGAACUUGGAGGCCAAAAUGGGGUUGCUGGCAUCUGAUCAGGCCUUGUUUUUGGACCCUAGAACUAGGCCUUUGGUUCAGAUUUUGGCCAAGGAUAAGCAGAAGUUCUUCCAGAAGUUUGCUUUGGCCAUGGAGAAAAUGGGAUCUGUUGGUGUGAAGAGGGGGAGAAAACAUGGGGAGAGAAGAAAAGACUGCAGCAUACAUUUGUCUGUUUGAUAUGUUUUCUGCAGAUUCUGAUCUGAUCUUCAUUCCCAGAAUCCCAGCUAGCUUGUCUAUAGCAAUUAGUCUGAUUCAAUUCUUUGAGACUUCUGAUUAAUUAACCUCUUUAAUCUCUUGAUGAUUUUUGUUUUUGCAAAGCCUUGUGGUGAAGAUUGUGGAGUGUAUUAUUGGUGUGAAAAUGAAAUAAAAGUUUCCAUUAGCUAUUUGUUACA